GCUCAGCUCAGUGUGGAGAUGCUGAGAUGCUCCUGAGCUCAGUUAUAGAGAACUGAAUUAACGCUGUUUCUGUUGUAUUUAGACUGUAAUAAUCCGGAUUGUUUGGUAUCGGUAUCAGUGUGAGGAACAGUGUUUCAGGUCAGGAUGGAGAAAAAAGAGAGGAAAUCUCCUAAACAGUACGGAUCUGUGGAGCGAACCGAACCCGUCGAGCCCGCAGCUGCAGCAGAUGCGGCGGACAUCAUUUCCAUGGCUGAUUCGACCAUCACUGUGAACGAUAUUGAGGGGGAGCUGUUUAAAAUCGAGAGGAUACGGGACGUGUUGGUGCGGAGAGAGUCCGAGCUCAGAUACAUGAUGGAUGAUAUUCAGCUAUGUAAAGAGAUCACCAGGCUUAAAAAAGAACUCCAGAAACUGGUCUCCAUCCCAGAUAAAGAUAAGUCCAAUGAAGACAGGCAGCGAGAAGAGGAGCUGUUGCAACAGAUCCAUAAGCUGGUGGAGACUCGAGACUUUCUGGUGGACGAUGUGGAGUUUGAGAGGUUGAGAGAGAAAGAGGAGGACAAAGAGAUGGCGGACUUCUUACGUGCAAAAUUCCCCACAAGAUCCACCAAGAAAUCUUCCAAUCAGAACAGAAGAACGACCUCCAGAGCCCAGCAGACCUCCUCGCCAUACGUGACCAAGACCGGCCUGACUCUGCUUAAAGAAUGCUGUGGAUUUACCUGUUCCAUCAUGUAAACAGAGAGGGGUGAAGCAGAAGUUGAUAGAGAGAGAGAUUGAAAGAGAGAGAGAGAAAGUGGUGUUAGAAGAAGAAGAAAAAGAAGAAGAAGACUGAGUGAAAUUGUGAUUGAGUUGGCCUCCAAUAGACGUACAGAGGCAGAAAUGUGUCUGUGAUUGAGGACGAGUUCAGACAAGCAGAAACAGGACCUUCAACAUGACACAGUAUUUUUUUGCUAUGUUGAUACAGCAGGUAAAAAUGACCCAAAUCUGAUCUUUUGUAUCAUUUGUGUGGCAGGAUAAACAACUUAAAUAAAUUUAAUGGUCAUUUUGGAUCAAAAUUGGAAUAAUGUGCCUCCUGUGAUUCUGUCAAAGAUGAAACCGAAACUUCACGUGAAGCGCUGCUGUUUUGAACCAUCAUUUUAUUUUCACUUACCCAGUGAACCAAUCAGACAAACGUAUGAGCAGCCUAAAAUAAGCAUUUAAUUUGUUGAGAAAAUCAGAUUUACGCCAUUUGCACCUGCUGUAUGAACAUAGCCUUUAUUUUCGAUACUGAAGACAACUCUAUGAAUUGUUUAUUGAUGUGCAGAAGCAGAAAUGUGUCUGUGAUGGAAGAUGAGUUCAGAUAAAUAGCAACAGGACCUUCAGUGUGACACAGUCUUUUUAGCUAUGGUGAUACAGCAGGUAAAAGUGGACCAAAUAUGUUUUUUUUU